UCUAUUUAUUGUGAAUAAGGAAUGGUGUUUUUGUAAUAUAAUAUUCAUGAUGCCAGGAGAUAAUCAGCAGAUUACCAUGGUGAUGUAAACAGACAUUCUUUGUGGGAGACAAAGGACACGCGAGACAGCAACUAACGCCAUGCCCAGCAGCACAGAGACGGGGGACAACCUUGUUAAAGCCUGCUGCCUAUUCAAACACCAAGCACAAGCCUAGUCUCUACGACAACAGGAUACAAACACAUGGGAAGUCGUCUGUUUACACUGAAAGGUUUCUUUGGUGACACAUUUGCAGAGAAUGACCGAUGAUCUCACAAAUCAAAUAGGAGAGGAAUGUCCACACAAUGCCUACACAAUCAACAAAAUCCAGAAAGUCAAGGUCACCUAGUGGCAGGCCUGUCAAAAAGGCUGAGAGGAAGAGGAGGUCAUCCAAGAAGAGAUCAGUCAGUGCCAAAGCCACCAAGUCAGAAGUGGACAUUCUCAGUCCAGCAGCCAUGCAGAAUGUUUACUACAUUUCCCACAAUGCAGUUGACUGUCUGGCGUUCCGAGGCUUUGGAUGGCCUGAGUCAACUAAAAAGAAAACAGCAGGAAUGAAGGGCAAGAAAACAAAAAACAAAAAGUGAUUCUACCACAAACCUUGCCAAGACCAAAGCAAACAUUGUCAGUUUAGUACGGCUCUAUUCAAUCCUCAUGGUGGAAAUCCAGCUUUACAGCGUGAUAUAAAUGGUAAGGCGAUGUUCCCGAUCAGUGGAGGCUGCUGAGGGGAGGACGCCCGGAAUGGACUGGUUUCACGUUUGAUGCCCUUCCAUUAACUCCAUUCCACUCCACUAUUCCCGAUUUAUCAGACUGCAUUCAUGCUAAACGCUGCUUAUGUUGCCUAAAUCGGAAAUGACCUUUACAUUUCUAUGGCAGAAUUUGUAACGCUUCAGCUUUACAGAUUGAAUAGAGCCCUAAUUAUAAUGUAUAUUUUAGUUUAUCUUGUCUGUUCAAGUUUAAAAUAGAACUCUGGUUACCUCUGGUGGAUUGGUUGUUAUUUACAGAGAACAGUGGAAAGAAAACAUGGAAAUACAUUGACCUCUGCUGGCCAACUGGCAUACCGGCAUACCAUACCCAGAUGCUCUCAGGAAAAAUUGCUGUGACUCGUGUAAAGAAUGCUUCUCUGGAUAAUGGAUGUUAAGAAUAAACAUGGCGAGUUAGAAUAACUGCCCUACAAAACAAUCUAUUUUACUAGAUGGUGAUGAAGUAUUGGAGUAGGGGUCCCUUGCUAGACAACACUAUCUUAUGUGAUGCAACACCUUUCUCUUUUCAAUUUAUGACAACAGAACCAAAUUCAGCAACUGU